AUGGGCAACCAAAAUGAUAGCAAGCAGGCCGGGAGCCAGCAUGGAUCCAAACCCGACAUAGCAACAUCAAAGGCCAGCGGAUCAGCCACGAUCCCACCAGAGCCGAGAUUAUCUUUCCUCUUCGUAGUCAACGAAGUAAUCCUUCAUCCCAACGCGCCUCCCAACAUCGACACGCAGGGCUUCGUACUACCCCCCUUCGACCCAAACGCGUACAUCGGCGAAAUGUCCGGGACAGUAUUCCGCUACCGCGACGACGAGAUCAGCGUAGCCCGGGGGUACGCCUGGGCCCGCGACAACGUCGACCCCGACAGUCCGCUGAAGCCCUCCGGCAGCAUCUACCAGCGCAACAGGGACGAGCCGCACUACGAGAUGGCGAAGUACUCGCAAUUCACCGUGUUCAACGGCUGGGGUCCGCUGCCGUGCCUGUACAUGCAAGAAGACCCGCUCAGCACGCUGAUCGUGCCGUACGGCUUCCACAACCCGAACCCGCAUAUCGAGGGGCACUUGCUCCACGUCAUGAGCUUCUCGCAGCCGGAUGUCACGGGGAUCACGCAGAUCUCGAAACUGGGGUCUUCGCGCGUCGUGGCCGGGUGCGAGCCCUCGUGGAUCCCGAGCCUGGUGCCCGAGGUAUUCAGGAACACGGACCCGCGCGCGCCGCUGUCGAGGGGGUUGGGGGGUCUGCUGCCUGUGAUUAUUGCGCAGAUGGCGCUUACGCAGCCUAGGGGCCAGACGGAUAGGCCGUUUGCGAGUCGGUUGUGGCAUGGUAAGCGGUGGAUGGGAGGGGACCUUGGGAGUACAGUGUCGCAUCCGUUCGAGGUAAGGGCUGUGGUGGUUCAUGUUGCGCUGGAUGAGGUCGAGAAUCGAGAUGGGUCUACGAAGGAUGCGCUGCGAGACUUUGAGGCGGGAGUAAUUAUUGAUGAAAACAGACAUGGACGUCCAUCACAAUGA